AUGAGCUUCAACCAACUACAUAGCGGAGAAGGUGCUGCAGGCAGACCCAACCACGACCAUGCCAACAAUCAACAGUGGGCGGGAGCUGAGUCAGUAUACGCUGCAAACGCAGCCCUUGCCCGCGGUAAAACGGACACCGAAGCCGAUCAGCGGUUGAGGUAUGACCGGGUCGAAAUGCAGAAUGCACACUUGACCUCGCCUCACCUUCGAGGAGGCUUCGCUGGAGUUGAGAAUGACAGGCUACUACCCAAUUAUCGCCGUCCGACUGUUGAAGACGACGUCGGUAUUCUCAACAACCGCCAGGUUCCUCGUCGUGCGCCGGCGGAACAUAACUACGUCCUACCUGAGAUGCAACGCGGGCGUCAAGAGCCGAACGAUGGACCAGGACGGCCUUACAGAGGCGUUGCUGUUCACUCUGACAAGGCAGCUGGAGCUCCACUCAAUGGAUUGGACAAGCGCCGUCGAGUCCAGCGGAAGCAGGACGAACGCGAAUUUCGGGGGCGCAUGCGACGCCCUGAUCCCCACGUGCGUUAUUCCGGCUUGUCCGCAGAGCUCCAAGAGGAUUUGCGGGUGACGGAGGAGCUUGAUCGUGCGAGGGCAGCAGAUCUCCCUCGGUGUCGGUACGACGAGCAGGGGCGGUUACGACCACUGGAAGGGCAGAGGCGGCUGCAACGAAUGGCGGAGGAUAAGUGGGUGCGACGAAUGGAAGGGCAGGAAGAGCAGAGGCGGUUGCAACGAAUGGAAGAGGAAGAAGAGAGCUACUCUCUCUCGUCAUCGAGCGACUCCUCAUCGAGCGACUGUGACGAGGAAGACAGACGAUACGGUCCGGGUGUGGGUUGUCGCUAG